UUAUUUUUUUCUGUGUUGGCCUAAAAAAUACGGAACAUAAAAGAAAAAAAAAACGGCCGAAAAUGUUGUUUUGAACGGCGGGAGCCACAGCACAUGCGCCACCCUGGGAGGCUCCACGAUCGCCGUUGCCUGUGUAGAUUCCUCGUCCUCAAGUGUUGGAGGAAGCAGGAGGGUGUGGGUGAGUGUGGUGUGGAUCACAGCACUGAAAAGCCCCAGCCAUGUUGGGGUUCAAGAACUCACAGCUGGAGGACUCCCUCAUGAGGCUGGAUGCUGCACUGGGCUCUCCCGGCGGUGGUGUCAUGAAGACCCCACGCAAGACCUUCACUUCCAAGGCUGCACGAAGAGAUGAUUCAGUUCUGGAAAGCCGUGGGGAAGGUCAGGGCACGAGACUAUCAGCUGUGCCACACGCCUCACACCUCAGUGUGUCUGGCCUGAGCAGUCUGGACAGUCCCCUUGGCGUGGUGGGGGAUGUGACAGCUCUUGCGCCUGUGGUGCCAGUAGACACCACCACCACAGACAUGACCAGUGCUGCCCUUCUAGCCCACGAUGACCCAGGAGUCAGAGCCACACAGGUUCUGUUCUCUGAAUUCAUCAACAUCAUGGUAGUUCACCCCUCUGAGGCACAGGUGUGGGAGGAGCUGGAGCAGUAUGAGCAGGCUUGUGCCCAGCAAGUGGAGUCUCUUGGAAACCUCAUCCACAAGGCACCAAGACACCACACCAACUUCACAAACACACAGAGGAUCUUUCAACAACUGCUGCAUGAGCGCAACACUUGGCGUCUGCUUGGCUCUCUUUACACUGAGCGCCUGGCAGAGGACGACUCCAAGGACUCCCCAAUGGAAGAGGAGCCCACUACUGACCUCAAAGUAGUCACCAACUUUUAUGACUCCAAUCGCACCAUCAGAGAAGCACAGAUUGUUAUUGACUGGCUGGAAAACAUUGCUUUUGACAAUUUCAAGACAUGCUAUGAUGCAGUGGAGUACUUUGGAGGCACACACAUUGCUUGGGAAAACACUCUGAAAACUCUGAGGAAUGAAAAUAGUGGUGUUGUGCAGCCCCUGAAAGGUUCCCGGCCUCUUGUCAAAUCCCUGGAUCCUGAUUCCUGCCUGCGAGAGAACCGGCCCCUGCAUGACCUUGAUCAGGAAGAUGAGAUGCGUUUGUUGCGGAACGUGCUUGUCUCCGUGCGGUCUGGGCAGGUAUCACUGGCGCAGGAACUUUGUGUGCGUGCUGGCCACCACUGGCGAGCUGCUUCACUGGAAGGCUGGAGACUGCAUCAUGACCCUAACCCAAAGGAUCCCUCUCAGCGCCAGCCAAUCACUGGCAAUGCAUAUAGAGAUGUGUGGAAAGCUGUAGCGUGGAGGAUAGCCAGUGAUGAGCGUUUGCCGGUGCAUGAGCGUGCCAUUUAUGGGGCUCUGUGUGGUCACCUACCGGCUAUGCUGCUGGCCUGCGACAAGUGGGAGGACACACUGUGGGCAUACACCCGCACCAUGGUGGAUCAAUGGGUGGAGGAGCAGCUCAGGGCAGCAGCCACACACCUGCGCAGCCUCCAUCCUCUGCCUAAGGACUAUCCUGAGGAAAAGCUGACUAUGAAAGGAGUGUUUGAAGCAGUGGAACAGCGAAUGGAAAUUCAAAAGGAGCAAGGAAAGAAUUUGUACUACCUCCUGCAGAAAUAUCUCAUACUUGAUAAUAUGGAGAGCCUGUUGCAGGAGGCUCAUGUGUGGCUCAAUGAUGGCAUUGCUCCGCACCUGCUGCGCUGCCUCACCCACGUAGUUCUCUUCCUGCGCAAGAUUGGCCGCAUCCCUCAGCAGCUGGAGCCUCAUUGCAUUGACAUCCUGGAGGCCUGUGUCAAGGAGGCCAUCGAACGGGGAGAUGUGGAGCAGGUGGCUUGGUACACGUCUGUCCUGCCUCAGUGGCUGCAGGUGGAGUGGUAUGCUCGCUUCCUUCACAACAUUACUGAUGACCACCACCGCCACCAUGCCCUGCAGCUAGCAUCCUCAGUGGGACUGGACACCCAUGCCAUCACCUCAGCCGUGGUGACAAACAUUAGGUUGUCCUCCAGUGGCCGUGAUUCUGACAGUGAUGUAGUGUCAGAAACCACAGCUGAGGACCGAGUUAAGAUCAGUGCCAUCGACUGGCUGUUGUAUGACCCCCAGCAGCGGUCGGAGGCCCUGCGUCAGGCCAAUGCUCUCAUGCGCACUUUCCUCGUCUCACGCAAAAUUGGAGCCACUCGGGUGCUGUUCAACAAGCUCCCCAGUGACUCUGUGAAUAUCAUCAUAAAGGAGUAUGAAGCAGAGACAGGCAAAGCAGAAGUCCCACCACACUCUGAAAACAUUGUGAGAGAAUACUUCUGCAUUCGUACCUUCCUGGAUGCACAAGACUCCUUCACAGACUGGUUUGACCACUACCACCAAAAGAGGCCCACUGCUCCCAAGAAGCCUCCCCAGAGUGCAGGGUUUGCCCAGCAGGUGGCAUAUGAACAAGUAGAGCAGCAGUACAAAGGAGAGAUGGAGCGCUGGAAGCGAACUCUUAACCUUAUCACCACGACUGCCUGUGACCGGCUAUACAAUGUGCUGCUCUUCCCUGAUGGAGGCUGGCUGGUGGACACAAACCUUGAGGAGCAGGAACAGGAUCCAGCAGGAACCAGUGCUCAGGAUGGAAGUGCUGAGGGUCAGACAGAAACUGCAGAGCCCAACCGUUCCCACCACCUUAGUGUACUGCGGUCCAUCUACAUCCCCCAGGUUGCAUCUUUGCUUCAAAAUAUUCUUCAUGCCACAGAAAAAUACAAAGAAUGUCUACAGUUAGCUGAUUUAAUUGCUUCAGAACAGUACCAGUUGUAUAAGGCAUUUGGAAGGUGUGAACUACAGAGAUUUUUAUUGAAACUACAAGAGACAUCCAGAGAACUGCUAGACCAAAAUUGUGAUGCAUUGGGCUAUCCUCUGAAUUAAUACUACUGUUUCCUGGCAGAUCACAUCACUAGGCUUUGUAAUUUCAUAUUGAAGGAAAUGGAAAACACAUGGCCCUCGGAACCCAUGCUGUGCCAGUGUGUGGGGAUGCAGUGUUUCCUGUGGUGACACCUCUGGAUGGACUUUUUGAAGGACCUUGAUCUCUUGUAGACUGAAUUACCAUCUUGUGUUGAUGGUUUCAUAUGUUGCAUAGGUUUCAGUUGAUCAUGUGAGCAGAAGUGCAGAACAAAAACUUUGAAAUUAUUGUUCUUUUUAUAUUAUGGAAAGCAGUUUUGUGUUGUGUAAUUUUUGUGUAUUGUUUGAUUAAUUUUAUUGGUGAAUAUACAGCACUAGCAGUUAUGUACUGCAUGUACUUGUAAAAUAUUCCAUAGUUUUAAUAAAGUUUUGUAGCAAA